UAAAUUGUGUGUGUGUGAUCGGGGCCUGCGAUUGCAAAGUCCACAUUUCCCAGACGCAUCAUCAGAGCUGACGUGGGCGCUACGUGUGUAGCGAGUCGGGCUUCCACUCCACCCGUAACCAGUGACGAGACUCUCUACGUAAAACUCGGGGCCGAUCACCAUGGAAACUGCAACCAUAGCGCAACAGGAAGCCAGCGCAACAGAGAAAGUAACAAGUGAGAUUCAGUCGGAUGCUGAUUCACUCACAAAGGUGGAUGAGGGUGUGGAAGUGAUAUCAUUACCUGGUGGACAGACACUACAAGUGCAGGGAGUCAUUCAUACAACACAGCCCUCAGUUAUACAGUCACCUCAGAUACAAACUGCACAGGAAGCCGCACCAUCUGAUACACAGAAGAGGCGAGAGAUUUUGUCCAGACGACCAUCUUAUAGGAAAAUUCUUAAUGAGUUGUCUUCAGAUGUACCUGCUGUGCCAAAAAUUGAGGAAGAGGAAAAUAUGGAGGAUGAAACACCACCUAUCUCCACUGUUACUACGGUCACCGGAUCAUCUUCAAUCUACCAGACCAGCUUAGGGCAAUACUUCGCAAUCACACAGGGUGGAGCGAUUCAGUUGGCCGGGCCUGGAGGAGAAGCCCUACAGGGAAUUCAGACUCUGACUCUUCCAGGUCCUGCCACACCCCAACCCGGAGCUACUAUCCUGCAGUACAACCCCCAGGCGGGAGACCCCAGCCAGCAGCUUCUGCUGUCUGCUGGACAAGUGCUUGUUCAGGCUGCCACAGGAGACAUGCCAGCAUAUCAGAUCCGCUCUCCAUCGUCAGGGUUACCACCAGGCGUUGUUAUGGCAGCAUCACCGGGGGCAAUGCACAGCCCACAGCAUAAUCCAGAGGAGGUCACGCGCAAGAGAGAAGUCCGGCUGAUGAAGAACAGGGAGGCGGCACGUGAAUGUCGCAAGAAAAAGAAAGAAUAUGUGAAGUGUUUGGAGAACCGUGUCCUCGUACUGGAAAACCAGAACAAGACUCUUAUUGAGGAGCUUAAAGCUCUUAAAGAUAUCUACUGCCACAAACCAGAAUAAGACGCUUGGAAACACUGCAGGAUGACUGACUGAUUUACAGACUUUUUUCUCUUUUUGUUUUGCAUUACAUGGAUAUUAUUAUUAUUUUUUGUUUGUUUAUAUGUAUGGCCAAAUGUUUCUUUGAGAACGCUGAGGACAACAGCUUAAUUCCUACAGCCCACCCCCUCUCUCUCUCUCUCUCUCUCUCUCAUUCUCUUUCUCUCAUACACCUAUUUUUAAGAUGGGCGAAUUUGUAUAUUAUUGCUGUUGUCUGAUUCUGGAACUCCUCAUCGAUAUGUGUGGAAAAAUAUUUGUUUUUUUAUUUUUAAAUUGCCUAUUAAACAUAAUUGUUCUAAAUUUCAUAUAGCUAUAGAUUUACGAGUUCAUUUAAUUUGUGUUUUGGCACAUUAGUCAACAGCUUAUGGCUAGAUGUAACAGGAUGCAAAAGUAUGGGUUUAACAAGACAAAAGAAAAAUUUAGCAUCACUUUUACUUAGGGCAGUGUCAGAGAUAAUGGCCUUUUUACCUUUAUAAGACACAUUUAUUUAUUCAGAGGAUUUUUAAUCCAAAGCAAUUAACAAAUGAGGAAAAUCCAAACACCAGCACUCUAUAUGUUUAUUUUGCAUAUCUUCCUGUUUAUUUCUGAGAUUCAUUACUCUGUGCUAAAAAUUCAUGAAAUAUUAGAAGCAUUCAAUGAAUUUUGGUGCAGAAAAAAUGUAACUUUGUGCAACACAGUUAUCAAACAUGAAUGUUACUUUAAGUAAAAUAUUUUGUAAGAAACGUUUUUUCGACAUAAGGUUCUAAGUAUUGAAUUACCAUUUUAUUGUUUUAUUAUAAAUAAAAGUAAACAGAAUAACAGAGAAGGGAUAUUGUUUAAUGUUUUAAUAGUCUGUGAGUUUUAAACUCUUCAGACUGAUGUAAAUAUAAAAAGAUCAUAUCCCCUGCACUUCUUUAACACUGUACAGAGCGCUGACAUCUAUUUUUAAUAAAAUAUUUUUGUAAAUGUA